AUGGCUCGGGAACCUGACGUUCCUCAGAAAUCUAGCCCUGCCGACGAACACUUUCACAGGGGAGAUCCCCUCGUCCCUCGGCCGCCUUCGUCGCCUCCAGACCCUCUUCGUGAGCAACAACACUCUGCAGGGCAGCAUCCCACCAGCCUUGCAAACUGUUCCAGCCUCAAGGUCCUCUGGCUCAACAACAAUGGUCUGGAUGGCCAAAUCCCUGCGGACCUCCCUCCAAACCUCCAGCAGCUGCAGCUUUCAACUAAUGACAUUGGUGGAACCAUCCCUCCUUCCAUCGCCAAUGCCACAGCACUGAGGAAGCUCAGCUGUGCGUUUAAUCGUAUCGAAGGCCGCAUCCCUGACGAGCUUGCAGAGUUGGGCGGGCUGGAGAUUCUUUAUCUGGGUAGUAAUCUGUUGGCAGGCAUGUUUCCACCAGCCAUCCUCAAUCUUUCUAGUCUCACCGGCCUCGGGCUUAACACGAAUAUGUUAAGUGGCGAGGUACCUUCCGAUCUCGGUAACUCUCUGCCUAAUCUCCAGAUACUUUCGUUAGCCCAGAACCUUUUUCAUGGGAAACUCCCCCAUUCAUUCGUAAAUGCAUCCAGUCUACGUGUCUUGGAUAUAUCGACCAAUAAUUUUACCGGGGUUGUGCCUAGCUCCAUUGGCAGACUCUCCAAGCUUGUCAAGUUAAAUAUUGAGACGAAUAAGGUCCAAGCACGCAACAAGCAAGAAUGGGAUUUUGUGAGUAGCUUAGCAAACUGUACUGAGCUACAAGGUCUCUCGUUAGCAAGCGUGGUACCACACUGGCUGGGAGCUUUCAAAUUUUUGCAAAAACUGAGCUUAUCCACCAACAUGUUUACAGGCAACAUACCUUCCUCCCUUUCCAAUUUAUCCCAAUUAAUAGAACUCCUUCUAGACACAAACCAAUUCAUUGGGCACAUACCGAUAAGCUUGGGAAACCUUCAAUCACUUGAAACACUGAGCGUUUCCAGUAAUAAACUUCAUGGUAGGGUACCAGAGGGGAUCUUCAGCAUUUCAACAAUAAGGGAAAUUGGAUUAUCAUCCAACAACCUUGAUGGACAACUUCCUGCAGAAGUAGGCAACGCCAAGCAGCUUGUGAUUUUGUUGCUUUCAGCCAACAAGUUAUCUGGAGAUAUUCCAAGCACUAUGGGUGCUUGCAAAAGUUUGGAAGACAUUGAGUUGGACAGUAAUAUUUUCAGUGGCAACAUCCCUGUUUCAUUUGGCAACCUAUUUGGCCUAAAAGUCCUCAACUUGUCUUACAAUAACUUAACUGGAUCAGUACCAGCGUCUAUUGGGAACCUUCAGCAUCUUGAACAACUAGAUUUGUUGUUCAACCAUCUUGAGGGCAAGGUUCCAGUACAUGGAAUAUUCAAGAACGCAACUGCCACACAUAUUGAUGGAAAUCAGGGCCUUUGUGGUGGGGCAUCGAACUUACACCUGCCUUCAUGUUCUGUUAUGUCUUCAUAUUUAUCUAAACACAGGCUACCUGUAAUACUCAAAGUAGCGAUCCCACUCGCUUGCAUGCUCUCACUGCUUGCUACGGUGAUCUUUGUGCAGCUUUGGCGAAGGAAAAACCGUAUGAGAAGUUCUAUGUCUUCACUCUCAUUUGAUAGCAAAUCCCCCCAAGUUUCCUAUAAGGAUCUUGCUAGAGCAACAGAUGGAUUCUCUGUAUCCAAUUUGAUUGGCACGGGAAGAUACAGUUCAGUAUAUAGAGGGAAGAUACUUCAAGAAGAAAAUGUGGUUGCCGUGAAAGUAUUUUGCUUAGAGGUAAGGGGAGCACAAAGGAGCUUCAUUGCAGAGUGCAAUGCUUUGCGAAAUGUGCGACACCGCAAUCUAGUCCGUAUCUUAACUGCAUGCUCUAGCAUUGGUUCUAGCGGAAAUGAUUUCAAAGCGCUAGUGUAUGAGUUCAUGCCAGGAGGGGAUUUGCAUAACUUGCUAUACUCAACGGAAGACAAUGGCAGCUCUUUAAAACAGGUUUCACUUGCUCAAAGGUUAAGCAUUGUGGUGGAUAUAGCAGAUGCAAUGGCGUACCUACACCAUAACCACCAUGGAAGUAUUGUUCAUUGUGAUCUCAAACCCAGCAACAUUCUUCUGGACAAUGACAUGGUAGCUCAUGUUGGAGACUUUGGACUCGCACGGUUGCAAGUCUAUCCCAUGUCAUCAUCCUUUUAUGGCUCGACAUCGGUUUCUUCGCUUGCAAUCAGGGGAACCAUAGGAUAUGUUGCUCCAGAAUAUGGAGCGGGUGGUCAAGUUUCUACCGCUGUAGAUGUUUACAGCUUUGGGGUCAUUCUCCUUGAAAUAUUCAUACGAAAGAGCCUAACAAAUGGCAUGUUCAAGGACGGAUUAAUCAUUGCCAAGUUUGCAGAGGUUAACAUCCCUAACAAGAUGAUGCAGAUCGUCGAUCCACAACUGGUACAAGAGUUGGACCUUUGCGAAGAAGCUCCAUCGGCGGAGGAUAAUGGAGUACAUUGUUUACUUUCUGUGCUGAAUGUUGGCCUUUGCUGCACCAAGUCCACUCCAAGUGAACGCAUCAGCAUGGAUGAGGUGUCUGGCAGGCUACAUAGAAUCAGGGAUGCAUAUAUUGGAGGCUAA